AUGGUGUCUGCCAUAAGUGAUCUCAUUGUAUCGGUUCUUCUUCGGACACGACGCCCACUGUUCCUAUCGUUACCGGAUGGUCUUGUUGCUGAUGUUGGCGCUGAUGUUGGUGCUGGUGUUGGUGCUGGUGUUGGUGUUGGUGCUGACGUUGGUGUUGAUGUUGUUGCUGGUGCUUCCGUGGAUUCUUCUUCUUCUUCUUCUUCUGACGAAUAUUCAACUUCCUGCAGCGAUCUUCCUCGUACCAAAAUGUUGUCUCUAAGAGAAUCGAUUUCCAUUGCUGAUGAUGGAGGUGGUGAAGAUGUUGGCGAUCGGAUAACUGGUUGGAUAAUUGGAGGUGCAGAUGAUGGAAGAAAAAUAGGGGCAGGUGAUAAACGAGGAAGAGGAUGGUAUGACAAUGGAGUAGAGGCAGAUGAUGGUGAUGAAGUGAUGGUUGUUGUUGGAAUAGAAAUGGAUGAUGAUGAAGUGAUGGUUGUUGUUGGAGUGGAAACGGAUGAUGAUGAAGUGAUGGUUGUUGUUGCAGCAAUAGAUGAUGUUGAUGGCGAUGCGGAUGAUUGUUGUUGUUGGGUAGGAAGAUUGAAGCGGAAAGUAUGGAAGGACAUAGUUAGUAAUUGUUGA